UCUGUCAAUCAAGAGGUGCACGCGCUACUGCAGGUGCAACUACUGCAGCGAAGCCAAGAAGAAACCACGCAUUUCACGAUGGCGUCUGCAAAUGCCACAUACGGACAAAAGGAGUCGUCAGACCAGAACUUUGACUACAUGUUUAAAAUCCUCAUCAUCGGCAACAGCAGCGUCGGCAAGACGUCCUUCCUCUUCCGCUAUGCAGACGACUCGUUCACGCCAGCCUUCGUCAGCACGGUGGGCAUCGACUUCAAGGUCAAGACCAUCUACAGGAAUGACAAGAGGAUAAAGCUGCAGAUCUGGGACACAGCCGGCCAGGAGCGUUACAGGACCAUCACCACAGCCUAUUACAGAGGAGCCAUGGGUUUCAUCCUCAUGUAUGACAUCACCAACGAGGAGUCCUUCAACGCUGUGCAAGACUGGUCCACUCAGAUCAAGACCUACUCGUGGGACAAUGCUCAGGUGCUCCUGGUGGGGAACAAGGUUGAUAUGGAUGAUGAACGGGUAGUGGCCACAGAAAGGGGCCGGCAGCUGUCAGAACAGCUUGGUUUCGAGCACUUUGAAGCCAGCGCCAAAGACAACAUCAACGUGAAGCAGACCUUUGAGAGGCUGGUAGACAUCAUCUGUGAGAGGAUGUCUGAGACCCUGGACAACAACGACCCCACUGUCAGCGGAGCCAAACAAGGGCCGCAGCUCACCGAGCAGCCGCAGAGGUCCCAUCAGGACUGUGCUUGCUAAACAACACAACACAACACAACACACACACACACACACACACACAGACACAGACACACACUCAUAUGCACUACAUCUGCUGUCAUGGGAGCCCAUAGACAGUACCUUUUUUAAUUUCUCUCAUCAGUUUAUGUCAUGUAAACCUGCAUAGAUUGAUUGAGCACAAAUAGACAGAGCCACACUCACACACACACAGGAGCUGACUGCUGCUGAGAUUAUCAACCCUACUUCCUCCUCAUAAACAGUCGAUUCCCAAAGAUGAGCUCUUUUCAAUCUAUAUCAUCCUCACAGCAUAAUGCUAAUUGAGUCACGAGCUGAGUGCGCUGUGACAUGCAAACAUUUCCACAUCGUCUCCCUCCCCCCAUAUACAUGUAGAUGGUAGGUACUGUACACGCAUAGAAUACAAGAGCCUGCUCUCACUGUUGUCUGUAAUUUGGUCAUGUCCAGUCCCUUACAUUCACGCUUCAAGUCCUAAUGAUUACAAAACAUUUGACUUGUUUUAGCCAUAGUCACACUGAGCAGAGUUAAUUUCCAAGUUGAAAGGUAUUCAUUGUUCCAUGUGUUUCUACAAUUAAACUUUAUGAAGCAAACAUGUAUUUAAAUGGGGGGGAAAAGACAUUGAUUGGAUCCUUUUUCUCAAAAUGCUAGUCAUCGUUUAAGAAUUUUGUUGCGCCUUGCAAGUUUUUUUAACUUGAAAAAGAAGCAGUACUUGUGAUUUGAAGUGGACAGCAGCAUCGGUUUGGUUUUUGGUGCUGCACCCCCUCAGUGUUUAUCAAUUUAGUGUCAUUGUUUUUUAACACAGAAGGGAUGAUAAUGAUAUAUUACUCACAAAAAGUUAGAGAUAUUGAUCUUUCUGGAGAAAUUUUAAGACAAACCUAAAAUGUACGUGAACUUAGAUACCCUGUAAAGUGAACGCAGAGAUUUGUUUCUAAAUACAUUAUACAUGUUUGAAGAUAAUUGAUGAAAAUGUGAACAGACUGAGAACUCUGUAGUACUCAAUUGUGGCAAUAUAGCUUUAAAUAGUUUUUCACCAUUUUCAGUUUUCCAGCUAAGAAAUAGCGCCCAGUGAUGCACUUUGAUGCCUACACACUGAAAAUGCAUCUUCCAGAAAGAUGGAAGAGGGGGAGAAUAAAAAAAAAAAAAAAAAAAAAAAAAGUCAGACAUAACUGCGAGUGUGUGGACUGGGGCUUUGUGCUGACGUUGCUGCUUUAGAGCGCCUCGUUGUCGCGGCGUGGAUAAGCCCUGCGAUGACCUUGUGGGAUUUAGUCCAGCCACCAGAGGGUAGAUGCUUGACAAAGUAGCAUCUGUUUUUUGGCUGUAGAAGUGGUGUUUGAUUGACGGUUGACAUUUGAUCGGGCCGUGGUUUCAGCAUUAAGCAGACACACCUACAGCAUUUGAGAGUGGAGACAGCGACUUGAUUUUCACAAUGUUGAAACUUCAUUUCAUAUACUUGGCGGUUUUAUUCUUUAAUCAUUCAAAUUUGUCAGUAUUGUUCACAACAUUCUUCAAUGUUGUGUGUCAAUUUUAGAAGACAAUCUAAACUUUUUUCCCCACACUGUUUCAGUACUUUAUGCACAAUUUGCUGUUUUCUGACAAGGAGUUGAAUUCACAACAGGUGUUUGAAAAAUUUCCAAGGAUGCCCACUUCCAUGCCUUACUGCGACUUUUCCAGUCUCUCUGUUGCAACCUGCUGAUGACACUCUGUGACAAGCUCUGAGCUUAUAGUGUCAGCAGGUUACAACAGAGAGACUGGAAGAGUCUCCUUGGACAUGUAAUGUCCCCCCGUCCCCCCCGAAAGCCCAAUUUCCUUAACUUUUUGUGAGUAGUGUAUAAUUGAGUGUGUAAAUAUUGAGAAAUUCAAUAGCUAUGCCUUUUAAGAUGCAUAUAAAUACAGAAGUAACCUAUUAUACAUACAGAAAUUAUUUCUGAAGAAUGGAUUCCUUCCCGUGCUUUCGGGUGCAUGUUGUCUGUGUUGCUGGUUGAAGUUAUUGGUGGUGACACAUUUCAGGACUUACAGGUGUUGUGUGUUUCUAAUAUAUAUAUUUUCUUUCACCAUGACCUGCCAGCACCCUCAGCUUUAUUUGGGAAAUGGAAAAUCAUAUUUUUUAGCAUGUUCAAUUUUGAAAUGGAAUUUAGUUGGUUUGCCUGUGUGUGUGUGUGUGUGUGUACUGUACAUGCGUUCACUGAUGUGCAUGCGAGAAUAUGGUGACGCUUUUAUUAUACUUUUUGUAUUAUUUAUAAGUAUUUAUUUUUCACACAUUCUUCCUGUAAUGCUGUGUUCUAAUCUGCAUCUCCUUUCUAAUCCUCGCAUCUUUUCGAUUUUUUUGUACAUGUCUGUGUUUACAAGCUCGAGAGGAGAGUAAAACAUUCCAGGCGUUUGGCGGGCAGCUUAUUUGUCUUUUCCAUAUCAGUUAUGUAACUUUUUAAGACAUGCCAGUGUAACAGCAGACUGUUCUCACAGAGCAAUAACAGGUCGCGUUAUCUCCUCCACUCUCAAAUAUCAGCAACACGAGCCCGCUGAUGGUUUUCACACAUGUACUAUAUGCGUCUGUGUGAGCAGUUUGCACCAAGCUUGAAAGGGGAAUCCAAUUAAAAGUACUGUUUAUCUUGCACUGGCAUACCUGUCAGCAGCAGCCCUUUCCAAAAAGGCAGUCCACUGAAUACACUGAACACAAAAUGUACGUCUUUUUUUUUUUUUCAGCCCCCCGACCAGUUUGUGUGGCUAUUAUUUGUGUUUUGCUUUGGCUGUAAACGUGGAUACGACUCAAGAACCCAGUCGUAACUUGUAAAUAGCUCUUUUCUGCCCAUCUAGUAUUAGUUGUGUGAAUUGUGCUGUAAUGUUGUGAUGCCUGAUUUGCUUAAAUGAGGGAUCAAUAAAUAAAUCCGAGCAGCUGAA